GGUGACGCCGAAUGUGAUUGAUCGUUAGCGCGCUGAAGUCGGCUAUCCAUGGCAUGUGUUUGUAUAUAAUAUGAUAUGGGACAGUUGAAAGAGGUUUCCUGUUUGAAUGGUCACACAGACAGAGUGUGGAAUGUUUCAUGGAAUCCAACAGGCACGACUUUAGCUACCUGUGGAGGUGACAAGACAGUAAGACUAUGGGGGCAAGAAGGAGACAGUUGGGUGUGUAAGACAAUACUGCAAGACAAUCAUCAGCGCACAGUCAGGUCAACUGCUUGGUCACCCUGUGGAAAUCUUCUUGCUACUGUCAGUUUUGAUGCAACAGUUGGGAUCUGGGAUAGACGUAGUGGAGAGUUCGAGUGCAAUGCAACCUUAGAAGGACACGAGAAUGAGGUUAAGAGUGUUGCAUGGGCACCAUCUGGAAAACUGCUAGCAACUUGUGGUCGAGACAAGACAGUGUGGAUCUGGGAGAUUUCUGAGGAAGAUGAGUUUGAGUGUGCUAGCGUACUUCAUGCUCACACACAAGAUGUGAAGAAAGUGCUGUGGCAUCCAAACUUACCGAUACUGAUGUCCUGCAGUUAUGAUGACACGAUAAAGAUUCACAAAGAAGAUGGUGAUGACUGGACAAGUUUUCAAACACUAGAAUCACACACAUCGACUGUGUGGAGCAUUGACUUUGACUCAACGGGAGAGAGAAUGGUUUCAUGCAGUGAUGACAUGACAGUUAAGAUCUGGCAGGCUUACCAACCUGGAAAUAAAGAGGGUAUUCAAACAACGGGUAAAGAUGCAACCUGGAAAAACCUGUGCACAUUAUCUGGAUACCAUAGUAGGACAAUAUAUGAUGUCAGUUGGUGCAAGUUGACAGGACUAAUAGCCACAGCAGGUGGGGACGACAAGCUCUGUGUGUUUGAGGAGGAGGUUGAUAGUACAGGGCCAACUUUUGUGCUUUCCACUGCCAUUACAAGAGCCCACAACGAAGAUGUGAACUCUGUAGAAUGGAAUCCAAAAGUUACUGGGCUCUUGGCAUCAAGUUCGGACAGUGGUGAUGUCAAGAUCUGGCAGUACUCUGUAUAAGGAAUGACUUGAUGCAGUUGUUACACAAGCCAUGUAUGGGCUGCACACUGAGGAGCAUGCACAUUAGUCAAGGUGGUAGCUAAUGCAUGUUUGCCAUGGCAUUGGUUUUCGGCCAAACCUUGAUUACUAGCUUAUCAAAACGUGUAUAGACUAAUGUACUAUAUGUGUAUCAUGAUAAAAAACAGAUUCCUUAAAAAAUAAGAGAUUUCCAGAGUAGUUGUAAUUAAAACGGGUGUAUAGCAACAUUAAAGGGCCUAACCUAUGAACUGUAAUCACUAUUAUUUCUCUGUUACAUGUGUAACCAAUAAAUCAAAUACAAAAGUAAA